AUGUACAAUAGCCACACCGACAUCUGGUUUGCCGGCGCAUUUGCCGCAGUAACAGUAGACUUUGUCGUCUACCCAUUCGACACUCUCAAAACGCGCAUUCAAUCCCCGAACUACGAUCAAGUCUUCAAAGACGCGCGCACAGGAGCGAUUAGGCGCAAUGUCCUAUUCAAAGGCCUAUACCAAGGUGUCUGGAGCGUGGUAUUUUCCACAAUCCCAUCGUCAGGAGCAUUCUUCACGACCUAUGAAGCCGUGAAAUGCACACUCCACGACGCAUCCACCCACUCCAACAGCAAUUCUUCCAAUCCAGAAUACUACACCCAAGGCUCAAGAUUAACUAUCCCCCUCCCAUUCAAGCACUCCCUCCCAACCCCAAUAAUCCACGGCAUUGCCUCCUCAGCCGGAGAAAUGAUCUCUUGCCUGCUACUCACGCCCGCCGAGGUAAUUAAACAAAAUGCCCAAAUGAUCAAUACCGAGAAAGGCUCCGUGGCCCCGGUGCGCCAAGUUCUGUGGAAAUUCAAAGGUCGGCCCUGGCGGCUUUGGAGCGGGUAUACGACGCUCGUUGGAAGAAAUCUGCCUAUGACAGGGUUACAGUUUCCGCUAUUUGAGUAUUUGAGGGCGCGGAUUCUGGCAUGGAGGAGGGAGAGGGGUAUUGAGAAGGGGGAUAAGGUUAGAGAGCAGUUGGUUGAGAGGGCUGGUGUUACGGGGGUUAGUGCGGGUUUGGCGGGAACGGUGGCUUCUUUUGUGACGACGCCGAUUGAUGUUGUGAAGACGAGGGUUAUGCUGUCUGCUGGUGUGGAGGGGGAUGGGGAUGGCAACGGGAACGGACGGGGGAAGGGCAAGGGGGCUUUGGCUGUUGGGAGGGAGAUAUAUAGGAAGGACGGGGUCAGGGGGUUAUUUAAGGGGGGUGCUAUCAGGGCUGGGUGGACGGCUGUUGCGGUCAGUCUGUAUUUGAGUAUGUAUGAAAGUGGGAGGUUCUUUUUGGAGGAGAGGAGGAAGGGGAUUGAGGGUGUUGAUGGGGCUAAGGAGGGGGAUGCGGUUCUGUAG